AUCUCCCCUCCCUUCCCCGCGCCUCUGCCGCCCGCCAGGCCUGCGCGAGCUCUGAAGCUGCCGGCUCGCCAGAGACGCCAUGUACCGGCUCCUGUCAGCCGUGACAAACCGGGCCGCGACCCACGGGAGCUGCGCCUGGGGCUGCGGGCGGCGCGCAGCUCACCAGCGCGCCGGGCUGCCGCCGAUCGGCCCCGGCUGGGUCGGGGGCCUCGGGUUGGGUCUGGGGCUGGCGCUCGGGGUGAAGCUGGCCGGCGGGCUGAGGGGUGCGUCCCCCGCGCCGCCCACCGCGGCCCCAGACCCCGAGAUGCCGCCUCAGGCCGAGCCGCUGCCGCCGCAGGAGCAGCCCCUCGCCCGGUGGUCUCCGCAGACCCCGCUGCCGCCACACUCCAGGCGCUUUGCCAGAGCCAUCGACCGCAGCCGCGACCUCCUGCAUAGGAUCAAGGAUGAGGUGGGCGCACCGGGCAUUGUGGUUGGAGUCUCUGUAGAUGGAAAAGAAGUCUGGUCAGAAGGUUUAGGUUAUGCUGAUGUUGAGAACCGUGUACCGUGCAAGCCAGAGACAGUUAUGAGAAUUGCCAGUAUCAGCAAAAGCCUCACCAUGGUUGCUAUUGCCAAAUUGUGGGAAGCAGGGAAACUGGAUCUUGAUAUUCCAGUACAACAUUAUGUUCCUGAAUUCCCAGAAAAAGAGUAUGAAGGUGAAAAGGUUUCUGUCACAACAAGAUUACUGAUUUCCCACUUAAGUGGAAUUCGUCAUUAUGAAAAGGACAUGAAAAAGGUGAAAGAAGAGAAAGCUUAUAAAGCCUUGAAGAUGAUAAAAGGGACUAUGGAAUCUGACCAAGAAAAAGAGUUAAAAGUAAAAGGAGGCAAAAGUAAUGAAAAGAAUGACUUUGCUAAAGCUAAGAUAGAGCAAGAUAAUGAAGCCAAAGGCCGAAAUUCAAAACCUUGCAAGAAGAAGAAUGAUUUUGAACAAGGCGAAUUAUAUUUGAAAGAAAAAUUUGAAAAUUCAAUUGAAUCCCUAAGAUUAUUUAAAAAUGACCCUUUGUUCUUUAAACCUGGUAGUCAGUUUUUGUAUUCGACUUUUGGCUAUACCCUAUUGGCAGCCAUAGUAGAAAGAGCUUCAGGAUAUAAAUAUUUGGACUAUAUGCAGAAAAUAUUCCAUGACUUGGAUAUGCUGACAACUGUGCAGGAAGAAAAUGAGCCAGUGAUUUACAAUAGAGCAAGAUUUUAUGUUUACAAUAAAAAGAGACGUCUUGUCAACACACCUUAUGUGGAUAACUCCUAUAAAUGGGCUGGUGGUGGAUUUCUGUCUACAGUAGGUGACCUUCUGAAAUUUGGGAAUGCAAUGCUGUAUGGUUACCAAGUCGGGCUGUUUAAGGACUCAAAUGAAAAUCUUUUACCUGGAUAUCUCAAACCAGAAACAAUGCUUAUGAUUUGGACACCAGUGCCUAACACAGAGAUGUCUUGGGAUAAAGAGGGUAAAUAUGCAAUGGCAUGGGGUGUUGUGGAAAAGAAGCAAACAUAUGGUUCUUGUAGGAAGCAACGGCAUUAUGCCUCACACACUGGAGGUGCAGUGGGUGCUAGUAGUGUCCUACUGGUCCUUCCUGAAGAACUGGAUGCAGAAGCUAUAAAUAACAAGUGUCCCCCAAGAGGAACAGUUGUUUCUAUCAUAUGCAACAUGCAAUCUGUUGGCCUCAACAACACUGCUUUAAAGAUUGCUCUGGAAUUUGAUAAAGACAGAUCAGACAUGCCUUAACAUCACAGGUGCAUAAUGAGCCGUUAUGGUUUUGUUUUUGUUUUGUUUGUUUUUUUGAAACAUUAAAGUCCCCCAAUACAUGAGAUUUUAAAGAAUAAAUUUGUAGUAGAGUAUAAUUGAAUGCAGAGAAUUAUGUACCUCUAAUUGCUUAAUUUUGUAAUUGUCUUUUAUUGUAAGAUGAGUUCUUUAUACUCA